AUGAGGCUUCGGAAUUCCGAGGUGAUUGUCAAUGGCCCCGGGGCACCGCUGAUGCCAUCGCGGACUGUCCCCGGGCCCGAGCUAAAAGCCGCGGCAUGGAGCCCGGGCGGCCAUCCUCGGGCCGCGGAGUCCAGCGCCCAGACGCGGGCAGAGCCGCCUCCUCGCCAGAGCCGGGGCCGGAGCCCGAGGCAGGAGGCGCCCGCCGAGCCCGACACAGACGCCCCCGGACCCCGCCGGCGGCCUCGAGGAGCCCCAGCACCCAACCGCUGCGCCCCAGAGCCCGGCCGCGCCCCCUCAGCCCUGACGCUGACCCCCUCGUGUCUCUCCUCCCGCCGCACAGACGCGGCCGUGGCCAGCUUGCUGCUGCUGCUGCUGCUGCCGCCGCCGGGCCCCGAGCUGCCCGGGACGGCGGCGGGGCCCGUCCCCAAGGCCUCGGGGGCCGAGCCGGGAGCCAGGGGCUGCCACAUGGCCCAGUUCAGGUCGCUGUCCCCAGGAGAGCUGCAGGCCUUCAGGAGGGCCAAGGAUGCCCUGGAAGAGAGGCUGCUGCUGAGGGACUGCAGCUGCGGCUCCCGCCCCUUCCCCAGGACCAGGGACCUGAGGCAGCUGCAGGUGUGGGAGCGCCCCGUGGCCCUGGAGGCCGAGGUGGCCCUGACCCUGGAGGUCCUGGGCGGCCUGGCCGGCUCCUCCCCGGGGGCCGCCCUGGACCAGCCCCUGGGCACGCUGCGCCACGUCCACGCGGAGCUGCGGGCCUGCCUCUCGGCUCAGCCCGCGGCGGGCGCCCGGCCCCGAGGCCGCCUCCACCACUGGCUGCAGCGGCUCCGGGAGGCCCGGAGGAAGGAGUCCGCGGGCUGCCUGGAGGCCUCCGUGACCUUCAACCUCUUCCGCCUGCUCAGCCGGGACCUGCCGUGCGUGGCCAGCGGGGACCUGUGCGUCUAG